AGCAUGAAAUCAAAUUUACGCCCGAGGCGUCUCGCACGUCGCAAUAUUCAUGUGAAAUGUCUCAGGAAUCGCAGGGAGAGCACACAGAGCAGUGUUAUUUUCUUGCAUACAAUGUAGAAUGCAGAUCUUUUUCAAUGAGUACAUCAAGGAUGAUCGUCAUUUUAUUUUUCAUAAAUUUGUAAAUUUCGAUGAAAUUUCUACGGUAUUUUUGUAAUGGCUGAGAAUUAGGAUAUACGAACAAAUAAUUAUGAACUAUUUUAGUAUAUUGCCAUUGAGACAACGUGCAAUUGUAAACAGGUGCUUGAUAGAGCAAUGUUUGAGGCAAUAUCAAAUAUGCCAAAGCAGACUUUACGUUGUAGCAACUGAGAAUCGUUAUAAACAUUAUGCUGGCAUAAAAGAACGAAAUAUCCAUAGGAAAACCUUGCGAACGCGUUUACUGCAAGAUCUUAAGCAAACAAGAAAGAAUGUGGAAAAGAUCAUUGAAAAGGAGAACAUCUGGACUGUGCCAAAUCUGUUAUGCAUAGGUCGCAUUGUGACAUCGCCAUUUUUGAGUUAUUUAAUCGUGUCACACGAUUAUCAGAUAGCGCUGUGCUUGCUUACAUUUGCAGGACUCAGUGAUCUAGCUGAUGGAUGGAUUGCACGCACUUGGACCUCCCAAGCUUCUAAACUUGGUAGCUUUCUGGAUCCUGUUGCAGACAAAUUACUCGUUGGAACAUUGUUCCUCUCACUAGCAUGGGUUGGCUUAAUUCCAGUGCCACUCACCUGUCUUGUGGUUACGCGUGAUGUUGCUCUAGUAGCUGCUGCAUCCUACAUCAGAUAUCGUUCCUUACCUCCACCAAAAACCUUAGCAAGGUACUUUGAUCCUACACAUGCCACGGUGCAAUUAGCACCAACGUUGACAAGCAAGUUGAACACUGGAAUGCAAUUGACUCUUGUUGCUGGGACAUUGGCUGCUCCAAUUUUCCAUUUUAUAGACCACCCAGUCUUACAAGGUCUGUGUUACUUGACAGCACUUACAACAAUUGCAGGAGGUGUCAGUUAUCUGUUGUCAAAAGACACCUAUAAAUACUUGAGAAAAAGGAAGACUCCGACACGAACGUCGCCACAAAGCUAGACUGCAUAUUAUUGAUGUACAAGAUAUCUCGUGUGUUGAAGAUUUUAUCUCUGCAAUUGAAAAGGUUAACAAUGUCUUUUAAAGCUUACAUCAAUCGUCAAUGAUAUUUGCGUCGUUUGUUAAAAGUUGAUAGAUUAAUUUUGUCAGAACUAAUUACGUUCACAAAAAGCUAAUCUAUUCUAUAUCUUAUUCUUUUAAUGAGAAUACCUCUUCUACGAAUGGUGGGAUAUCUUGUGUGUAUACAUAUAUAUAUAUAUAUAUAUACAUAUAUAAAUGUAAUUUAUGUACAAAUUUACUGUUUUGCACUAUGCAAUAUAGCUCAUUUUUUGUACAAUUACAUUUAACAUUAUAUUUCAUAUAUAAACAUUAA